UAUAAUUACCAAUGAAACUGAAACUUUGUCUUGUCUUAAUAAUGGUGGUUACAGUCGGUUUAGCAAGCCCUCUGGAAAGAGUCUCUAGCACAUACGAAGAUUUUAUGGACAUUUUUAGAGAAAAUGGAUGUAAAGCAUGCAAAACAGGAGUUGGCUGGGUGAACAAAUAUCUCUUAGGCAACAUUGCAGCCCAGCUUAUCAACCUUGGGCUUGGCCUUUACUGUACUUCGCAACAUUUGAAAUGGACCCAAUGCUUUAAGGCAUCUAAUGGAUGGUCUCCUCCAGUAUUUGAAGGCCUUAGGAAGAUUCUCAACCCUGAAUAUUUCUGAGAGAUUACCACUGGAGCUUGUGAGAAGGAAAAUUUUAGAGAAAUCCGCUUGAAUCAAGAGGUUAAGAGAAUAAUCUCAGACAAGCCUGAUUUCAUCAAAGAUAAUAAAUAUAUCAACAAAUUAUAUGAUCAGAUAGAUGAAGACAGAAGAGCAGGCAAGCAAAGAAAGAAUAUGACACUGUAUCACAUCACUGAUGUUCAUAUCAAUGCUGACUAUAAGGAAGGAACCAAUAAUAAAUGUAAUAGCUUCGUAUGCUGUACCGAAGAAUCAGGUGUUGCAACAAAAGAUAAAGAUAGAGCCGGAAAAUGGGGUGACUAUCUUUGUGAUACGAAUCCUAGAGUCAUCGAUCAGCUCCAAACAGCUGUUGGCACAACAGGGAUGCCUGAUUUUGUAGCUUGGACAGGUGAUAGUACUGGACAUCAAAUUCACAAUAAUCCUUUUAUCACUACCAAAGCCACAAAGCAAGUGACAUUGAUCUUGGAGAGAAUUUUCGAGAAAUCUGUUGUGUUUCCUAUUCAUGGUAACCACGAAUUUGCACCCUUUAAUAUCCAAGAUAUGUCAAAGAAAAAUAGUGAAGAAGUUGAGCUAAUCGCUGAUGCUUGGAAGGAUUGGAUGACUCCAGAAGUAUACCAAGAAUUCAUCCAUCACAGUUAUUUCUCUUAUGAUGCUAAAACACAUCCAAAGGCAAGUGAGGAGUUUAAAAGAAAGAUGGACAAGGUCAGAAUUAUCUCUAUAAACACUCAAAAUUGUUAUACUUUCAACUUCAAGCUAAUUGGAGAAUAUAAUGACCCUGGUCAAGAAUUUAAUUGGUUGGAGAACCUUUUGAGACAAAUGGAAAAAGAUGGUGAAAUUGCUAUCCUGAUCGGACACAUUCCUCCAGGAAAUCUAGACUGUACACAAGAAUUUGGAAUGAGGAUGAGAGCAUUACAUGACAGGUUCCAACAUAUUAUAAGACUCAAUCUGUUCGGACACACUCAUUAUGAAGAAUUUGAGGUGCAUAGAGGAAUUUCUGACGAUUUACCGAUAGGUACAAACCACGUAUCUCCCUCAAUCACUACUUUUGUUGAUCAAAACCCAUCCUUUAGGGUUAUAAUUUUAGAUGAGGAGACUUUACUACCAAUAGAGAUUCAGACCUACACAAUGUACUUAGAUAAAGCAAAUAAGAACGACAAAGAUGCAAAGUUUGUGUUGGAUCAUGAGUACACCAAACAAUUUGGACUGAAAGACCUAAGCCCUUCAUCGAUGCUCAUCCUGUCUAACAAACUCAGAAAUUAUGAUGACCAUGCUACAAAUUAUAUGAUAAAAAGGCUCGGAGGCUCUCCAAAGGCUCAUUAUAAUAUGAAAAAGGGAUGUAAUGAAAGAUGAAGAAGAAUAAUCUUCUGUGAUACUGCUUUCAACGAUCAUGGCAGCAAGAGAGCAUGCAAGAAAUGGGCAGACCUCGAUUCAAUCGAGAUGGCCACUUAUAUAUUUGACUUCGUGUAUCCCAGCUGGGUGAAAAGAAUCGAAUAA